UUCAUAAUUGUAAUUUUGAAUACGUGUUCAUUCCGCCUGAAAAUUAUUUACUAUCUUCGACGCUCCCGAAAUCGUGGAACAAAGCUCAGUGCCGUCAACGCGAAUAUCAACAAACACAGCACAAACGAAAAACAGAAUGUGAAAAACAAGUUAGAACCAGAAAAGAAAAACAGCAAAAUGAACUCAAUUUUCGUAGACAUUGGUGAAGGAUACAUGCAAGGAGAAUAUUUAGAUGAAUAUUUAGAAGAUCUACUACCGGCCAACAUUCAUUCGAGCUGUUCUAUUGCUUUAGAACAAAUCACCGUCAGCGAAGCUAACAGCAAGCCUGAUCAAAAUGACCGUCCAGUGAAAUACAAGAGACGAAAGUAUAAUGUCCUCACCAUCAAAGAUAAGAACAUAGUCUGUGAAAGCCUUGCCUACAAAGUCAUUGGUUAGUUCUAGCGAAAAAACUGCACCCGGACGCAAGUCGUUGAAGGAGAGACUGACAAUUACCCUUGCAGCAAUGCAAGUGGUAGCCACAAAUUACCAUUACAAGUGCUUGGCCGCGCAUCAAAUCCUAGAUAAUUGCACCGCACAUUGCAGUAAAGAUAAGUUUCAAGUGGAUGACGCAGAAAUUCAGGUGAUCUUCCUUCCUCCAAAUGUGACAAGCUUUCUUCAGCCUAUGGUUCAAGGAAUCAUCAAUGCUUUUAAGGUUAUCUAUAAAUCGAAUUUUCUGCGCCGUGUUCUGUUAGAAACUGACAGCGAUCGCCCAGUUACAGAGGUUAUCAAAUCAUUUAGCCUUUAUGAUGCUAUUCAACUAGCGACUGAUGCGUGGGCCACUGUAACUCCAGAAACGAUUGCUAACUGUUGGCGCAAUCUCUUAAGUCAAGAUCAAAACUAUAACUCGUUCAAGGAUUUCACAAUUUCUUCACCAACAAGUGACCCCCGCGUGUUGCUUUCUAAAGUAGUGCAACUCGUUGAUCCAAACUACGAACUGACCGAAGAAGAAGUUCAAGAGUGGCUAAGCAACUCAGACAACAUAGAUGUAGCGCAAAUAUAUACCGACGAGCAAUUGGCCAAGCCUCUGGUGGUGACUUUUUCGAGGCCGACCAUGAAGAGCAAGAUUGCGAUGCUAACGAAAGUGCUGAGGGUGAUCUUAGUACUUCGGUUAUAUGUACUCUUGGAGCAGUCAAUCCGAAAAACGCAAUGAUUAUAAGUAGGCUAUCAGCAUCAUGGAUGUACUCAAAAAUGUUCUUAUUGCUGUUGGUGAUGACCGUAAAUUAGUGGAAGCCGAAAAAUGAAAAAACGAAUAUGAAAAUGAAAUUAUUCGCCUUCUUGACGAAUAACAAUAGUGAAUUUUAAUUAAGUAUAUGGCAUGAUAACAAAAAUACAAAAUGAUUGAU